AUGCAAUUUUGCAGACACCAUCUCAAGCGCAUCUCUACUCGAUCACACAUCUUAAGAAACAUGUCUACCGAAACAACAACUCCAGGACCAAGCCAGGCCGAAGCUGUCAAGAAGACGCAAUCAAAGUCGGAGAAAAAACCAGUUCAGUUCUCCUUGAAAACACCAAAGGGUACCAAGGACUGGGCUGAUAAAGAUAUGAUUGUCCGUACCGCAAUUUUUGAUCAUCUGACUAAGAUUUUUAAAUCACACGGUGGUGUCACUAUCGACACUCCUGUUUUUGAACUAAGAGAAAUUUUAUCGGGUAAAUACGGUGAAGAUUCCAAGCUUAUUUAUAAUUUGGAAGAUCAAGGUGGUGAGUUAACCUCUCUACGUUAUGACUUAACUGUUCCAUUUGCUAGAUAUGUUGCAAUGAAUGGUAUUUCAAACAUUAAAAGGUACCAUAUUGCAAAAGUCUACAGAAGAGAUCAGCCAGCAAUGACCAAGGGAAGAAUGAGAGAAUUCUAUCAAUGCGAUUUUGAUAUUGCUGGUCAAUAUGAUUCAAUGGUACCAGACGCAGAAAUUAUGAAAAUUUUAGUCUCCGGAUUACUAGGUUUAGGUAUUGAUGAUUUCAAAAUUAAAUUGAACCACAGAAAAAUUUUGGAUGGUAUUUUCCAGGUUUGUGGCGUUGCCGAUGAGGAUGUACGUAAAAUAUCCUCAGCUGUUGAUAAAUUAGAUAAAUCACCAUGGGAUGCAGUCAAGAAAGAAAUGGUUGUUGAGAAGGGUCAAACUGAAGAAGUUGCUGAUAGAAUUGGCAACUAUGUCAAAAUCAAUGGUACCAUUCAGGAAGUUUUACAAAUUUUAAAAAAUGACCAAACUCUAAUGUCAAAUGAAUCCGCAAAAACAGGUGUUGAGGAAAUUUCCACCAUGAUUGAGUAUUUGGAAGCUUUCAAGGUCGAUAAAUAUAUAUCAUUCGAUAUGUCUCUUGCAAGAGGUUUAGAUUAUUAUACCGGGGUGAUCUAUGAAGCGGUCACCGCACAAUCUGCACCUCCAAGUGAUGCAUCUGAAAAGAAGGAGAAAGCUUCCAAAAAAAACAAAAAGUCAAAGGAUGGCGACGAUGAUGCUUCAGAGUAUGUAGGUGUUGGUUCAAUUGCUGCAGGUGGUAGAUAUGACGGUUUAGUUGGUAUGUUCUUGGGUACUAAUUCAAAGGGUAAAAAGGCACCAUCUAUCCCAUGUGUUGGUGUUUCAUUUGGUGUUGAAAGAUUGUUCUCACUAAUAAAGCAACGUCAACAACUAAUUGAAAAGAUUAGGCCAACUUCAACACAGGUUUACAUCAUGGCAUUUGGUGGUGGUGAAGGUUGGAAUGGUUUCUUACCUGAAAGAAUGAAAGUUGCUGGUAUGUUGUGGGAUGCAGGUAUUGAAUCUGAAUAUUUAUACAAACAGAAGGCUAAUCCUCGUAAGCAAUUUGACGCUGCCGAGAAAUCAGGUUGUCCAAUUGCUGUUAUUUUGGGUAAGGAAGAAUUCCCAGAAGGUAAAAUCCGUAUCAAGUUACUAGGACAAGGUGAGGAAAACGAUGGAGAAUUGGUCAAUCUUGAGGACAUGGUCAAGGUAGUUACCGAAAAGUUGGAUGGCCUUAAAGUAGAUGGACUAUCUGAUGUAGAAAGAUUGUUGAAAUCUGCAUAG